AUGUGGAGGAGAGCGUGCUGGCUGUCCCUUGGAGCCGCCUUCGCGGCCGGGGCACGCCUGGACUCCUCAGCCAAAUCCAUUUCCAGGCGCAGCGCGCCAGCGCAUCGGUCGCCCUCAGACUAUACGGCCCGCCCAAGGUGGUGCCCCCAAGAUAUCGGAAUAGAAGUGGAUGGCUGGAAUGAGGAGGGCAGGCACAUUCAUGUUAGGAGCGUGGUCGAGCCUGAGCAGUUGAACCGAAUGGGUGGCUACAAGGCUUGGCAGAAGACGAAACCAAAGACGGGCCAGCACACAGCCUUCUACAUCAGCUGCAACCUGGAUGUGGACCGGGCAUUCCUCUUCUCCCAGGACUUAGACAAACGCGGAGAAGGUGUUUGGGCCAACAUGUCGGAACCUCACGAGAUCGGCCACGCGUCGGAAUUGGUUUAUUUAAUGGGCCAGCAGGAUGCGGAGAUCGUUGAAUUUGCUUGGGAUACACUGAUCCUCGAUCGAUUGCUGAAUGGGACCAUCGCUGUGAAGGACGUGACGGGGCUGCAUAACUGGGAGUCCAGCCUGGUGCCACACACUUCCGAGUCGAAUGCCUCGACUUGUGAGCAGUUGGUGAAUCUGGAGCUAACUGGCACCGUGACGAAGUCGGGUGAGCAGCAGCAAGUCUCCAAGACGGUGCAGGUGAGCCCAUGGCUCUACACUCGUUCCGAGGGCUUCCGCAUUUUCACCAAGACCAACGAAGCGGGCGAGGAGAUGACCUACUGGCUUCGCUGCGCCGACGGCUAUCCUGUGCUCGCCAAGAAGGAGACGGAUGGCCAGGUGGAGACCCGUGCCUUCGAUAUGUGGCACGGUUGGCGCAGAACAGUGAGUGUCAAGGAAGGGGAGCGCUUACAUUUCCUUGCGGACGCAUCCGUGACGAGACCCAUCGAAAGCGGGCAAGUUCAAAUCACACUGGGCUAA